UUGCAGUGUUAGCUCAAUAACCUAAAGGAAAAAUGGCUGCCUCUCCUUUCAACCUGAAAACUCGUUACCAUGCUCGAUCUAUCAGCUUUCCCUCUAGAUCGCAUCCUCUCACUGCUAGAGUCGAGGAGCAGUUAUGCAGAAUGAAGGCUUCAGAAUCAUCCUCCUCAUCGUCACUGUCUUCAAUAUGCCACAACCUGGGUGGCCUCAAAGAUCUGUAUGAUUGUGUGGAUGAUCUGCUUCAGCUGCCGCUUACCCAACAAUCCCUGGCCCGUCAGCAGCACGAAAGCUGGACCACUGGGGUGUUGGAUGGAUCUCUCAGACUGUUGGAUGUGUGUGGUACCACAAGGGAUGUGCUUCUUCAGAUGAAGGAAAGCCUGCAACAUCUUCAGUCAUCCAUCCGUAGAAAAAGAGGAGACUCUGGUAUAGCAAAUGAUGUUUCCACAUACACCUUGUCCAGAAAGAAGCUGAUUAAGGCCAUCCAUAAGUCUCUAGGAGAUUUAAAGAGAACAGAGAACAAACACACCUCGUCCUCGUCCUCUCUCCUGGGCAAAGACCAUGACCUUGUUGCCAUGGUCAGUGUGCUCAGAGAAGUGGAAGAAAUCACUCUCUCCACCCUCAAGUCCCUCUUGUCCUUCUUAUCUAGACCAGCAGCACUAUCAAGGUCAAAGGGUUGGUCCUUGGUUUCCAAACUGAUGUACAACAGACGUGAGGUGGCAAAGGAAGGGGAAGAUGCGGACUGGUGCGACAUGGAGGAAGUGGAUAUUGCACUGUCUAACCUCAUCAGGCAGAAGCCAAGCAAUAAAGAUGGUGAAAUUGUCCAGAAGGUGCGGAAACAACUGGAAACACUGGAGUUGAGCAUUCAGGAUCUUGAAGAUGGAUUGGGAUACAUUUUUGGGAGUUUAGUGAAGACAAGAGUUUCCUUUCUCAACGUCCUGAACCAUUAGCUGUGUCUCAGCUAUACCAUACUAGAUCUAUUUCUCUAGUCUCCCAAGGGCAUCCCAAGUUUUUUCUCAAGGAACUGCCUAUGGAUUCUACUGUACCUUCUUGUACAUGUACACGAGAGUUAAAACUUAAAACAAGUGUAU